AUGGCAGCUCCUGAAGCCACUACCCAAGACAGUAUCUUCCGUACAAAAUGGCUGCCUACGGAACGCGAAUUGCACUCCUUCCCGCCUAACUACCGGAAGUUUCCUUUUGAAACGGAGGUGGCCGAUACUGUGCGCGGUGAGGCAGUUGAUUCGGAGCGUCUUUUGAACGAGAUCCCAGAAGACUACGGGAGCAAGCAGCGAUCUCCUGGGUUCCAGCCGUGCCGCCUCGUUACAAUGACCAGCGUGGUUAAGACAGUGUACACUCUGCAGCCGCCCUCUAUGUUGAGCGGCAGCCUGCCCGCAGACAAACAAUCUCGAGCUAUUUCUAAAAGCCUACUACCUGUUAAGUCCAAAGAAGUAGACAUCACCAAAUUUUGUCAUUCAAGCGGUUCAGAGAAUGAUGUUACAAAAAUCAUCAAACCAAGACGAGAGAAUGGGCAAAUGAAAGCUGCAGACACAGCCAUCAGGAAGAACAUAAGAAAGAGCUGCAAACCAUCAAAUAAGCAGAAAUCAGAGGAGGAGCUCAAGGAUAAGAACCAGCUCUUAGAGGCAGUCAACAAACAGUUGCAUCUGAAGUUGACUGAAACUCAGGGAGAGCUGAAGGACCUGACUCAGAAGGUGGAGCUGCUGGAGAAGUUUCAGGACAAUUGUUUGGCAAUUUUGGAGAGCAAGGGCAUCAAUCCAGGAAGAGAGACCCUGGCAUCACAACAGGAACCCACUACAGAUCACAUGGACUCUAUGUUGCUGUUGGAAACUUUGCAAGGUGAGCUGAAGCUUUUUAACGAAACAGCUAAAAAGCAGAUGGAAGAAUUACAGGCCUUAAAGGUAAAGUUGAAGACAAAAGAAGAAGAAAGGAUCCGGUUCCUAGAACAGCAAAACAUAUGUAACAAUCAAGUAAAUGAUUUUACAACAGCCAUUGAAGAAAUGGAGCAGUUACUAGAAAUGUGA